AUGGAUGGUGAUUCCCGACGCAUGAAGCAACAUGGUCGCCAAGCCCACUACGCGACAGCGUCGAGCAUGUCCUCCCGUCGCUCCGCUGGGAGGUCAUCCGGUGGCGCGGCAGACCGAUUCAGGCAGGUUGGUCUCCAUUCAACACGUGGAGACCCGUACCCAGGCGCAGGGAGGCCACGAAUGUCUGCCUACAUGGACUAUGGAUACACAGACAGCGCUUUUCAGGGCAGUGCGUUGCAGGAGGACGAAUUGCAACCGUAUCCGCCGACGUUGCGCGACCAACAGCGUCAGCAACCCUUCUCCCCAUAUGAGCCCGAGAUGGGCCCGUCGCAAACCCCGUACGAGGUCGUGCCACCAUACUCAUCACGGCAGUCUGCAGCGAUGGACUCACUUCCCGGCCAAUUUGCCGUUUCACAGUAUUUCUCUCCCAAUGAGUCGGCAGGCACAGGGGGGGUCCCGCCACCUUACCUGGCUUCGCAGCUCUCUUUAUCUGCUUAUAACCAGUCGGGACCCAUUGGACGUUCCAGCGCAACGCAGCCCUUUCCCGCAACUAUGGCGGACAUGACCCCGGUGGGGACGGCGGGACAACAGCAAGCACUAUCACAACCUCAAUCGCAUGCGCGAGCCUCAUUAGAAGCGCCUGGCUCGAAUGAACCUUAUCGACAAUUUCAACAAGCAUUGCGAGUAACGAUCGAUCAUACACGCACCGGACGAUUGGUAGAGGCUAGUCGAUCAUUACUGGAAAUUUCCGAGUGGCUAGUGGCUAGUGCGCGGGAGCUUGGGAUUCUUCGCGAUGACCAAGUACUCCACUCCGACCGAUUGAAACUAUGGAAUGACUUCAAUAUCUGCUGGCUUGCUCUCUGCCAAAAACAAAAAGACAUGACGCAGGAACUCCUGCAAACCGGCCGUCAAUCCUCCCGAACCCGCCUUCUUAGCGCCGACGCAAUGGAGAACCUAGGCAAUGAACUCAUCCGACUGUGUGAUCAAAUGGAACAACACGGUCUGGUAGAUUACCAGAUGGGCAUUUGGGAGGAAGAAAUUCUGUCUGCCCUAGGUCAGUGCUUGGACCUCAUCGAAAGUCGACCGGAGCUCAUCCGCAGCCGCCCUGUCGCGACCUCGCGCGCAUGA